GUAGUCGUAUUUAGAUAAAGUUUUAAUCGUUUAUUUCAGAUACGAUAAGAAACGAUAGAAUUUUAUAACUUUUCUAUCUGGCAGGAAAUCUAGUGUCCAAUAGAAACGAUAGAUUCAGAUAAAAUCAUAUUAAAUUUCUAUCAAAUUUCUAUAUGUUUCUAUCAGUUUAUAUCGUACUUUUUGAACAGGGAGAUGGAACAGAUGGAAGAUAAUUUAUUUGAUAACGUAAUAGAUUUAUUGGAAAAUUGCAGUACUAGCAGUGAUGAUAAUAAUACUGAUAGCAGCAGUACUAGUUCAUCAGAUGAUAGCAGCAGUACUAGUUCAUCAGAUGAUAGCGACUAUAAUCCACUUUUGGAAAACGACAUUUAUGAAGAAGAUUUAUUGUUUCCUCUUCUUCAUUUUUUAAAUAAUGGUCGUAGACGACAACGCGUUGAAGAUUUUCUUCAAGUAGUACAUGCAAAAAGUAAUGAAGAAUUUAGGGAGGAUUUUAGAUUAACUCGUCCAAUUGUGUAUCUAUUAUUAGAAUCUUUAGAAACAAGUGGAUUUAUACCAUUACAUGAUUAUGGAAAAAAAAAAUCUGCAGAGUUAUGUUUAUUGAUGACUCUUUGGUUCCUCAAUAAUAAAGAACCACAUCGAACAUUAGCCAAUCUUUUUAACAUAUCAUUAUCAUCUGUAUUUCGCAUUAUACGUCGAAUUAUUAAUUGGCUAGUUACUUUAGUGCCUGAAGUUGUUACAUGGCCCGAAGGAAAUAAUAUAACUAAAGUAUCUGGCAAAUUUCAAGAAAUAGCUGGUAUUCGUAACUGUAUUGGGGCCAUAGAUGGCUCACAUAUCUAUAUUAAUAAGCCUGAAGAAAAUGGUAGACAAUAUUUUAAUAGAAAGCAAUGUUACUCUAUUCUUUUACAAACUGUUACCGAUAGUAACAUGAAAUUUAUUAAUAUAUAUUGCGGUGAUCCAGGAUCUUUUCACGAUGUUCGUAUGUUGAGAAGAUCAGAACUAUUUCCCGUUGCUGAACUGGAAAGAGAACACAUUUUUCCAAAUAAUACUUUUUUAUUAGGAGAUAAAGGUUACAAUGGGGUAGCAAGAAAUGGAUUGUCUCUCCUUUUAAAGACAAUGGUAAUCUUACGAUAG